ACAAUGAGUGAGUAGUAGUGUCCCGACAUUACUGGGGGAGGUGAGUCUUUCGCUUCUGUGAUAAACGAGUCGCAAUCAGUCCGAGAAAGAAAAAAUCAACAAAUAAGAUGGGUCUGACUUGAAUAAAAUUAAUCAGCCAAUUACGGACUCACCAAUGAAUUCCCUGCAGAACAGAUAUGACAAGAAUUUGGAAAGCCUACCAAUACAAUUUUACCCGCCUAACAUUAUUCACCUAAAUUUCGAACACUCGGAUUAAAAAAACCGAACUCUCUUUAGUCAUUCAUGUGCUAUCAAUUUUAAUGUUAUAUAAUUAUUUUGAAAUAUAAACAAGACAAAACCGCUAUAGUAUAUAGCUGUGAAUGUUCGAAAACUCAUAAAUGAAACUAUAAUUAAUAAAAAUACUUUAAAGUAUAAUCGAAGGAGAAAACUUUUAGCUACAAUUGAAGAGCGAAGACAAUCCCACUCACCGAGUUACCUAUUUGCCGAAAUAAAAAACCGAAAAUUUUAACGUGUAGUUACAUAACAUCUAAAUUAUGACCAAUAUUGAAUAUAAUUGAGCAGCAAAAAUAUAUGUUGUUUGACAUAAUGAGAAUAUGAACAACUCUAUUGAAUCUAGUACCUGUGGAUUUAUAAAUAUAUUGACAUAUUGUUGUUGAAAGUUAUCAAGGAAUUUAUGUGUUGACGACCAGCAAAAAAUCCUGUUGUUGGAAUUAUAUAGAAAUUAUUUAAAUUUGUGGUUAACAUAUCUUUGAGUAUCACUAAACAUAACCGGAGCCAAUUAAAAGUGAAUAUAAAUUGAUUAAUCGUAGAAAGUUAUGAUGCUGGUAUUCUAAAAGAAGAAUUCGAUAAAGUUAUAUAAUUGAAAACGCUAUUGCGCUAAUUCUAAAAGAAAUAAAUAAACUAAUUUAUAUAUUACGAUCAGAUGUCCUCCAAAUUGUCAUAAAUUGCUCUGUUUUCCAUCCAUUCCGACGUAAAUGAAGACGAUCUUAUUAAUUAAUUCUACGUAGAACUGUCUUCCAUCGUCAGGAAGCUGUAACAAAAAAUAUCCAAUGUUUAUUGGGAGAAACAUAAUUCAUUAAUUCGAUAAAAUGUAUACUUUUUUAAAUUUAUGGAAUUUGAAAUUGUCGUUGACAAAGCAAUAAAUGAAAUUACGAUAAGACUGAUCACGAAGACAGAUCGUCUGAUUCUGCAACAUUGUUGAUUAAAAUCAACAAUACUCAGGAGUUGAAAAAAUCAGUGAACACUAGGAUAAAGUGCAAUAGAGUUAAGAUGAAUCUGGAAGUGGAAUUGAUAGCUGGAGUGCUUAAAGGUGGUCCACCACCUCCUCAUCUACCAGCACCUCGUCUGAUUAAGAUAUUCAUCGCUGGUGAACGUGAUGAAUUCCCUGAGGAGCGGAAGCAGCUGCUCGAAAUGGUUGGUCCCGAGCUGCAAUCGAUAUACGAUGAUAUGGGUAUCGAGGUAUUAUUGGUCGACAUGCAAUAUGGUACAACCAGAAAUCCUGAUUGUGACCCUCGUCUGGCUGAACUAUUCCUGGAGGAAAUAAAGGCAUCACAUCGCUACUCCAGGGGUUGUUUCUUCAUUCUAUUGAUUGGCACGGAAUACAGCACCGGCUGGGUACCAAUUAAAUUUGACGAAGCCGUUUUCCGCAGUCUUGCCAUCCACUGUGAUCAACUCAACGAGUAUUACGUUUACGAUAACGAUUGUUAUACUCUUAAGGCCACGAGCGUGGAAACGUCCCAAGAUGACUGGCAGACAACUGUGGGAACCCAAUUGAGAGUUCUCUUGACUCGUGCUGCUAAAUCAGCCUUAAAGGAUGAUUCAAAUAACGCUGAGAUCAUUAAUAUAUUGAAGAGUACCUCCGAGCGGCAGCUGGAUUAUGGCUUAAAGCUAGAUGAAGGAGGUAAAGGAAUCCUAUCUAUGAUCCGUAGAUGGAAAGAUAGUAAUACUGAUGAGGUGGUCCCUAAAUUACCAGUAGAAUGUGAGGAGCUCAUAGCUAAAGUGAAGAGCUCAUUGCCAGCCAGAAAUGUAAUUGAAUUGGAUGCGGAUUACCACGAUAAUGAAAUCAAUCCCACUGAUCAUCCAAAUCACGAUUGUUAUCUGGCAAAUUUACGCAAUCAGAUAUUGGAGGUAGUUCAACAACUGGUGAAUGAAUCAGUCGAAGCUAAUCCCGAGAUAAAGAGUAGAAAAAAAUUAGUGCAGGAAAUAUACGCCGAGAGUUUGGCUCAUCUGUCACUUAUGCGGGAAAUAACUCCGGUAGAUGAAAAUAAUGAUAUUGUACAACGAGUCAAGAAACUAUUGAUUGCUGGCAAAACUAAUAAACACGGGCCUAUAUUCAUACGCGAGGGAAAAUUAUCCAGUAAAUCUGGAACACUCAGAGCUAUUUAUGACAACUCCGAUAAUUGGCUGAAACAAUCAACAAUGAAAAUUGUACGUUUUUGUACAUCAACACCGCGUUCGGCCUAUAGUCUUGAAUUAUUGAGAGUACUCUGUCAACACAUUGGUUUUUUAUUUGGUAACAACGAUGGUAAUUUGCCCCGUGAGGCCUCAUUCAAUCCACUCUACCUCAAUAAUUGGUUGAUUCAAAUUUUACGGGGAAUUGAGGAAAAUCAAAGAGCCAAGGUUGACGAUGAUGAUAAUUUCGAACAGCUGAUUGUCAUUAUCGAUGAUCUUCACAGAUUGCAUCCACUCGAGGGUGAUAUCGUUGCAGCACUAUCAUGGCUUCCACUUCAGUUACCCCCAGGGAUACACUUUAUCAUAUCAUCAAGUGCACCUCUGGACUCAUUGAAAUUAACUCCACUGCAAAAAGAAAGAUUCAAGUGUCCGGAAAUAUUGAUUGACAUGAGUGCAAAAGCUCCAGAUACCGCUGAAGAUUCCACGCCGAGAAUGACUUCUGACAUUGAAAAGGCAUUUGAUUACAUGGAGAAACUCAUUGGAGUAAAAGCAGCUAGUCGUAUUGGAUCAUUCCUGGCCUGCACCGAAUAUGGAUUAUCAGAAACCGAAGUUCUGGAAUUAAUAAUGCCAACUGGUGGAGAUGAUCCGUUGGAACUAGCAGCUGGACAAUUUAAUUUUGCAACAUGGUGUCUAGUGAGACGUAACUUGAUAUCAUGUUUGAGGGUUCGUGUUAUGAGUGGAAGACUCUUGUUCUCCUGGCAUUGGUUGUCUCGUGAAGUAGCUGAAAAGCGUUAUCUCUCGACACAACAAUUAUCACGAGCCUGCUACACUGAAUCAGCAAAAACAAUAUUCUUCGUUGAACCAGAAGUACAAAAAAAAGAUUCUAAUGAGACAGAUGAUAACGAUGAAAAAACCGAGGCAGAACAGAAUGGGAAGGCCGAUGAAAAAGUUAAUAAAGAAACCCCUUUUAAUAGUACACCCCAGAUAUCGGACAUAACUUAUACGUUACGUCACGUCGAGGAGGCUUGGCUGCACUUGUUGAGGUCUGGUGAUGGCGCAAAAUUGAAGCGACUUACUGUAUGUGCAUUUGAUUUUCUUCUGGCAGCCGUACAAAUGAUAUCAGUUAGUUAUUUGCGAUGUGUACUAGAGGACUCAAGACGUUAUCUACUCGAGCGUGAUGUCGAAUUAGUUUACUACACCAUAAGAAAUUCGAGUGAUGCACUAACCAGAGAUCCCCUUCAACUUGGGGGACAAUUGAUUUGUUGGUUGAGACCAGUGGUUCGAAAUAACGAUGACUUGGUCACCAGAAUGAUAACAACAGCAAUGGCAUGGUGUGAUGGUUGUGCAGCACCACUAUUGGUACCCUUGAAUGGUUGGUUGCAAUCACCAUUACCCCUUCAAAUACGUGUACUAACGUGCCCACAAGGUGUUAAACUUGUUGAGGUAUCACCCACUGGCCAACAAAUUAUUAUUGUUGGUAGUGGUGAUGCUGGUGUUGAUGUACAAUUGUGGCAUGUAAUGUCUGGUCAACUUGUACACACCUUCAAAGGCCAUACAAAGCCAAUAUCAUGUUUAUCAGUGACCCAGCAGGCGCAGUAUUUAUUGACUGGUUCUGAGGAUACGACUAUCAUCGUUUGGGACAUGAAGGAAUUAACAAUGAAACGACGAAUAUGCGAGCAUAUUGCACCUGUAUUAACUCUUACACCAGCACUCAAGAAUUCAGUUAUAGUGAGUGGUGGUGAGGAUUCGCGAAUAAUAGCAACGAGUCUUUUGUCAGGUCAAGUACUGAUGAUUGUUGAUCAUCAUCGUGGUCCUAUAACAGCUGUACGAGUUGAUGCAGCUGGUGAGGUACUUGUAUCUGGCUCAGCUGAUGGUACUGUGUGUUUAUGGUCUCUCGAGAGUUUUAAACUUCUAAAUAGUAUAACAUUAGCAUCGCCAGUGUCAAUGCUCGAUGUGUCAGUUGAUUCUGUAUUUCUUCUGGCGGUGUGUGAGGAUCAAAAACUUUAUGUACGAUCACUUGCCACUGGUACGGCACUUCAUACCCUCAGAGGCCAUCAGGGAGCUGUUAAAAGCAUAUGUAUAGCACGAGAUUGUAGACGUGCUGUUGCUGGGGGAACCGAUGGACGUGUAUCAAUAUUUGAUAUACACAGUGGAAAAUUAUUAAGAACAUUAUCGACAAAUUCGUUAACAGACGUGACGUCCGUUCGAGUAACUGAUACAGAUGAUUUUCUGAUAACUGCCAGUGGUAAUCGUCUCAUAUAUUGGAGUUUUCGGGAUGAAGAAACAAUAAAGAAAAAUUGUGUCAUGGAUAAGGAGGGUCUUUACAAACCAAAACAACAACAACAGCUGCAACAGCAUCAAAUAUCUCUGCAAUACCAUACGUCACCCUUAACUUGCAUUGAUAUAUCACGUGAUGGAGCUAUGGCUGUCACUGGUAGUGUCGAUUCUCUCGUCAAUUUGUGGCAAUUAAAUACUCAUGAACUUAUGUUGACGAUGGAGGGACAUAUUGCAACAGUAACUUGCGUAGCAUUUUCAGCAUCUGGAUUAUUUGCUGCUUCAGGCUCAGAGGACAAGACAGUCAGAGUUUGGGGCUUGACUCUUGGUCUUGCGGUGGCAACAUUUAAACAUCAAGCACCUGUAACAUCGGUUAUUGCUAUGCUCGAUGGACAAAGGGUUGUCAGCUCUGAUCGAAGUGGAGUUAUACGUGUUUGGGCUGCUGAUACUGGUGUACUAAUACAAUCCGUAUGUGGACCUGGAAGAUGCAUUGCUGUUACACCCGAUAUGCGUUAUACAAUCUGUGGAUCAGGUGAUAAUCAGGUCAGAAUAAUGAGUCUGGGUGCAGGACCAAUGGAGAAACAUCAAGUUUCUCAUGGCCAGGAUAUAACUUGUCUCGUUGUAACACCAGACUCGAAUUCCCUCAUAACAGGAUCAUGUGACAUGAGUUUAAAAGUUUGGCAAUUAGCUGGUGGUAAACUUUCACAAGUCUUAGUUGGUCAUACUGAUCGUGUUACCUGUGUUGCUGUAUCCGUUCAGGAUCAAAGCAUUGUUGUUUCUGGCUCGCGAGAUGCUAAUCUGAUUGUUUGGGAUAUAAAUACAGGGAGUGAUUUACAUACGUUAAGUGGACAUCUUGGAUGUGUAACAUGUGUUAGGUUAUCUGGUGAUGGUACACUCGCUGUAUCUGGUAGUGAGGAUAAGAAUCUUUUUGUAUGGGACACCAAGAAAGGCAUUGCCCUUGGUUCGAUAAUGCUACAUGUGCCAAUUCUUGGUGUCGAGAUAUCUACCGACUGCUCAAGAUUGGCUAUUCAUCUGAUUGAACAGCCUACGAUGCCAAUAUUGUGUCUCCAUAAUACGCCAGCCCAAUAUGUCAAAUUACCGGUUUAUGUGGCACCAAGAGAACUACGACCAUUGGGCCCCAAAAGACCUGCCAGACGUUUGUUGAAAAAAGAAGUGUCACUCGAUACUUACACAUGGCAACGAAAAUACGGUCAUCUCACGUCGGGUAUCAUGGUAGCUACUGCUGAGGAUCCACUCAAGCGUCGAUUUAGUGUGAGUGCAUCGAUGGAGGAAAUCAGUAAAGUUGGUCUGGAUUCUCAAACGAGUUUGGCACGCUCACAACAGGCAGCUCUUGCACAAUCUCAACACUUUGAUCAGCUUGAAGCACUGUGGAAUAAACAAUCACCACCACCAAGAUCCCGGGGUACGUCUGGAAGAACACUUGCCAAACAGAGCUCACUACAAGCCACUAGAAUAUCUGAUUCUGAUGAAGAAAACGAUCUUGCAGAUUAAUAUGCCACUCAACCAUUAAUCCACGUUGAAAAGAAAAACGAAAAUGAAACCAAAUGAAAAAACCAUCUUCUCCACUACAAAUUGUCUUUCCAAUUAUAACUUCCAACCUCUCAAUUGCAGUGAUAAUUCCUAUACAAUAAAUGAAAAAUGUUACAAUCAGUUGAUGUGGGAGUUGAGCAAUUGACUUGACUUUAUAAUCUAGACCCCCUCGUUCCUCUCAUUUUUAUAAUACUCAGCGAGUAAUUUCCAGCCCUCAGGCGCCAUAAAACUGAUGGUUGGUCUCCCCACUGAGCCAAUUCUAAAACAAUUCCUCAAAUUAUUUGAAAGUAAUAAAUGUAAAAAUAAAACUGCAG